GGAAGCGGCGGCGCCAUGGCGGCGGCGGCGGCGGCGGCGGCGGCGGCCCCCGUCCCCGAGGCCUGGCCCGAGCUGGAGCUGGCGGAGCGCGAGCGGCGGCGCGAGCUGCUGCUGACGGGGCCCGGGCUGGAGCAGCGGGUGCGCGCGGCGGGCGGGCGGCUGCCGCCGAGGCUCUUCACGCUGCCGCUGCUGCACUACCUGGAGGUGAGCGGCUGCGGGAGCCUGCGCGAGCCGGGUCCGGGCCUGGCGCAGGGCCUCCCGCAGCUGCACAGCCUCGUGCUGCGGCGCAACGCGCUGGGGCCCGGCCUGAGCCCCGAGCUCGGCCCGCUGCCCGCGCUGCGCGUGCUCGACCUGUCCGGCAACGCGCUGGAGGCGCUGCCGCCGGGCCAGGGCCUGGGCCCCGCCGAGCCGCCGGGCCUCCCGCAGCUGCAGAGCCUCAACCUCAGCGGCAACAGGCUGCGCGAGCUGCCCGCCGACCUGGCGCGCUGCGCCCCUCGCCUGCAGACCCUCAACCUCACCGGCAACCGCCUGGACUCCUUCCCCGCCGCGCUCUUCCGCCCCGGCGCGCUGCCCCUGCUCAGCGAACUGGCGGCCGCCGACAACUGCCUCCGAGAGCUCAGCCCCGACAUCGCCCAUCUGGCCUCGCUCAAGACGCUGGACCUCUCCAACAACCAGCUCAGCGAGGUCCCGGCGGAGCUGGCCGACUGCCCCAAGCUCAAGGAGGUCAACUUCCGGGGGAACAAGCUGACGGACCGGCGGCUGGAGAAGAUGGUCCGCGGCUGCCAGACCAGGUCCAUCCUGGAGUACCUGCGCGCCGGGGGCCGGGGCGGCGGGCGGGGCGGGGGCAAGGCGCACGGCCUGGAGAAGGACGAGGCCCGCAGGAGGCGGCGUGAGCGGCGGAGGAGGGAGAGCGGCGAGGCGGAGGACGAGGAGGUGGGUGACGCCGGCCGGAUGCUGCUCCGGGUGCUGCACGUGUCCGAGAGCCCCGCCCCGCUGACGGUGCGGGUCAGCCCCACGGUCAGGGACGUCCGGCCGUUCAUCGUGGGGGCCAUCGUGAGGGGCCUAGACCUGCAGACGGGGAACGCGCUCAGACGGCUCCUCACCUCCCAGACCAAGCUCCACGAGGAGCUCUGUGAGAAGAGAACGGCCGCCACCGUCGCCACCCACGACCUCAGAGCCGUCCGCGGGCCCCUGCUGUACGCCACCCGCCCGCCGCAGGACCUCAAGAUCGUCCCCUUGGGGCGCAGAGAAGUCAAGGCCAAGGACCUGGUGCGGCAGCUACAGCUGGAGGCCGAGGAGCACAGGAAGCAGAAGAAGAGGCAGAACGUCUCAGGCCUGCACAGGUACCUGCACUUACUGGACGGUAAAGAAAGCUACCCCUGCCUUGUGGAUGCAGAUGGCGAUGUGAUCUCCUUCCCGCCCAUAACCAACAGCGAGAAGACGAAGAUUAAGAAAACCACCUCAGAUUUGUUUUUGGAAGUAACAAGCGCCACGAGUCUACAGAUAUGUAAAGAGAUCAUGGACGCCCUGGUGCUGAAAAUGGCAGAAAUCAACAAAUAUACUUUAGAAAAUAAAGAGGACGGAUCCGUUUCAGAUACUGAAGCCGACGCACUUUCUGGACAGCUUCCGGAGCCCAGCGCGAACACAAGUGCAGACAAGGCUGGGAACGCCUCCCUGGUGGUGGAGCAGGUCCGGGUGGUGGAUGAGGAAGGGCACCUGAGGGUGGUGUACCCCUCCAAGACGGACCUGGGCCUCGCCGCUCCCCACGUGACCGUGAUCCGCUGAGCCCCGGGCCGCGGCAGGGCGUGUGUGCGGUGCUGUUAUGUUGUUUGUUAAGUUUCACCUCGGUGGUUUUUAAGAUGCGCAUCCCUUGCUUUUCCAGACGAUUCUGUCACAGAUGAUGCGGUGUUGUCGCGUGCUUAGGUGACUUUGCCUUUCGGCACCAAACUGAUUGUACUAACGCUUUGUAUGAAGUUUCUCAAAUACUGGAGUGAGCCGUUCAGGAUGUUUGUUCCGAAAUCACGUAGACACAGCGACUAACGUCAUUCAGGGGAGAAAGACACUGAUUGGUUUCGCUAUUCAGAUCUAAACUGGGAAGCUGAACAAUGUGCGUUUUACAGAACCACACAAUUAUUUUUCUACGAUACAGCAGCUUUUAAAAUCGCACCGAACCAGUAGUGCAGCUUAGAGGCCUGGACUGACGCCGUGUCCCUAGCUGGCCACAAAUCAUCUUUUUAUGAAAAGAAUAUUUUUAUGUGAUCUUGGAAUUGGCAAAGGCAUUUUUCUUAAUACUGUGGAUGCUUUAGGGGUAGAGCCGCACAGGUCCCUCGUGCGGCCCUGGCAGGGCAGAAAGAGGAUCGGGGCUUUGCUCGCUCGUGCACUCGCACCACAGGGACGGGCAGAUGUCGGACCAUGCAGCUCAGGGCCAGCACGCAGGUUUCCGGUGCAGAACAGGCUUCACAGACGCACAGGACACCUCUGCCGUCAGCUGGCCCAAGGACGGACAGUGGCCAUGGCCGCCUGAGGGGUGAACUGUUGUGCAGCAUCUUGUGUUUUAGGGAUUUCCAGUUUUGAAUGUCUGGGCCCACAGACCACCAGUGAGAGUGUGUGUGUGCGUGCGCGUGUGCGCACGUGCGUGUGUGUGUGUUUACGUGUGUGAGCACACACACUCCUCUCUGGAGGCAGAACAUGCUUGCAGCCAGGCACCAGCCAGCCACAGAGUAGGUGGGUUUUACUGGCCUCUGCCUCCCAAGCGGCCUGGAUGUCAAGAAACUGCCUCCCUGGCUUUUGUCAUUU